CGCCCACCUACAAAAUCUUGACUCCUGAACUGCUCUGAGUUUCUGAAGAUUCGAGGCGCAGAAGGGCAGGUUUCCCACCAAUGUCCAUACGUACGCUGAAAAAAAAAGCGGCCAAAAAUACGGUACGGUCAGUGUUUCCACUAACCAGAACAAAAGCCUCUGUGCGAUCUCCAUAUCCAUCAUAUAUGUUGAAACCUCCAGCCAGGUUAGCAGCAGUGUAGGAACGGCUGCCAUGUGUACCGUACUGGCUGGAGAAAUUCACCACUUCUUUUACGAACUGCGAUACCUUACUUGCCAUACCACCGAUGAGGGGGGUGGGGCUCGUAUUGUUAGCGCCCAGCGCGCACCGCCCAUGCAUGCUCCGGAUGUGACAUCUCCAACACCGACAGUGCUUGCUCAUAUCCCACUUCACACCAUGUAUGUGGAUUAGCCCCCCAGUCCCACCCCAGGUCACCUACACCUUCGUCCAUUAGCAUGGGUGGAGCCCAUUGG